AUGGUUUCGACCAGUAAAAUCAAAUCCGUUGAUUUCUACAGGAAAAUUCCCAGAGACCUGACCGAGGCAUCAUUGUCAGGUGCUGGGCUGUCACUUAUAGCAGCCUUUUCUAUGAUCUUUCUAUUUGGAAUGGAAUUAAAUGAUUAUUUGAGGGUGAACACCUCUACCUCGAUUGUAGUUGACAAUAGUUCUGAUGGAGACUUCUUACGAAUUGAUUUCAAUAUUAGUUUUCCAGCAUUGUCCUGUGAAUUUGCAUCCAUCGAUGUCAGUGACGUCUUGGGAACGAAUAGGUUGAAUAUAACUAAAACUGUUCGUAAGUAUUCAAUAGAUUCAAAUUUAAAGACAACUGGCUCUGAGUUUGAGUCAGGACCAAUUACAAAGGCAAUUAAGCACGAUGAGGAAUAUGAUGAGGAAUAUGGUGAAGGUUCUGUUACACUGAAUACACACAAUUUUGAUAGAAUCGCACACCAGCAUGCAAUUUUGGUAGUAAAUUUCUAUGCUCCUUGGUGCUAUUGGAGCAACCGCCUGAAACCUUCAUGGGAAAAAGCAGCCAAAAUUAUGAUGGAAAGGUAUGACCCGGAAAUGGAUGGGCGCAUUCUUCUGGGGAAGGUUGAUUGCACUGAAGAAAUUGAACUGUGUAAAAGAGACAAUCAUGGCCAUCAUGAUCAUGAAUCGUAUUAUGGGGACCGAGAUACGGAUAGCCUAGUCAAGACAAUGGAGAAUUUGGUUGCACCUAUUUCAUUGGCAUCGCAAGAGGUUGCUUCGGACAGUCAGCCUAACAAGACUGAUGAUGCAAAAAGACCUGCACCAUUAACAGGAGGAUGUAGAAUCGAGGGUUUUGUUCGUGUGAAGAAGGUUCCUGGGAACCUAAUCAUAUCAGCUCGCUCAGCUGCCCAUUCCUUUGAUGCUUCUCAAAUGAAUAUGUCACAUAUAAUUUCCCAAUUUUCUUUCGGUAAAAGGUUCUCUUCAAGGAUGAUGAGUAAUAUGAAGAGAUUGCUGCCAUACCUUGGCAGAAGCCAUGGCAGGUUGAAUGGAAUGUCAUACAUCAGUAAUCCAAGUGAUUCCAGUGCAAAUGUUACUAUCGAGCAUUAUCUUCAAAUUGUAAAAACAGAAGUGAUGACAAGAUUUUCUAAAUUUGCUGAGGAGUACGAGUACACAGCUCACAGUAGUUUGGUUCACAGUCUUCAUGUUCCUGUUGCAAAAUUUCAUUUUGAUCUAUCUCCAAUGCAGGUUUUGAUAACAGAAAAUUCGAAGUCCUUUUCACACUUCAUUACCAAUGUUUGUGCCAUUAUUGGAGGUGUUUUUACGGUCGUUGGGAUUAUGGAUUCAAUUCUGCACAACACUAUGAGAAUGAUCAAGAAAGUUGAACUGGGAAAAAACUUUUGA